ACAAACGUAGAACUGGGGUCUGGGCAAAACAAAACAGGUAGCCUGGUUUGUGUCCAAUUGUGGGGCCCGUAAUAAGCGACUGGAAUACGCGCGCGAACUUUCCCGGUAUAUACAGGUCGACAUUUACGGCAGUUGUGGUAAUAAGAAGUGUCCGCGAAAUAAAGCGAAGAAGUGUUUCGAAAUGUUGAACAAAGACUAUAAGUUUUAUUUGGCGUUUGAAAACUCAAACUGCAGGGACUAUAUCACCGAAAAGUUUUAUGUGAACGGACUCGGUCAUAACUCACUCGAUUAUAACUUAAUACCGAUAGUGAUGGGCGCCCAUCCAGACGACUACCGGCGCUCAUCGCCACCCCAUUCCUAUAUACACGUCGACGACUUUGAAUCUCCCAAAGCUUUGGCCAAAUACCUACACUUGUUGUCAUCAAACCCUCACUUAUAUAACCAAUACUUUGAGUGGAAAUCUAGCGGCGAAUUCAUCAACACUUACUUCUGGUGUCGUGUCUGCGCUCUACUGCACGCACAGCACCCGAAGCCCUCCCGUAGUUAUCGAGACAUAUCGGAGUGGUGGGCGCCCACCACGGCCUGCAACAAUGGCAUCCAGAGGUGGCCACAACUAUCUCAAUCACCCAAUCAUACACUGAUCACUGAUUCAUAUAAAUAAGAAACAAACACUAAUUCCUUGUUUUAUUUGUUAUAUUAUUAUUGUUGUUGUUGUUAUUUAUGAUAUGAUUUAAUUUACAACCAAUUAUUUUAGUCUCAUUUUCACAAACAUGCAUCAAAUCUACCAAAUUCUGGUCUCAAUUGCC